UGAACGUGCAACACCAUUAAGAUUCAAAGCUAUUACUGUGAAUAAUCAUGUAUAGAGUACUUAUUUUCAAACACAGUCAUUUGGUCUUUUAGCUUUGUAAUAACUUUCUGUCCAUAAUGAUUUUGCAGCCAACCACUUACUCAUUAAAGGAUUCCUCGUCUUCAUCUUUUGUAUAUAAUCGGUUAAUUGGUAAUUUUUGAACGCAAUUGGAUAUAAAAUGGAAUUACAGAACCUUUUGGAAGUGGUCAAAGAGAAAACCACACUUGUUUGCUUACGGAAUUCACAACCAACAGACGCACAAACGUUAGAGAAGCAAUUGCAGGACGAAGAUUCAAUUUAUCAAGAUAUACCCUUAAAUUUCAUUGUUCAGCUGAAAGAAACAAGUCGACAAUUGGAAAAUGCAAGGUGGAUAGCUGAUACUUUGGACUGGAAAUCCUAUUUUUUCUAUACUAGCAAAUCUCAGAAUAAGGAUCUUAGUCUUGAGAUGAUUAAAUUACUAGCCAAUUGUAUAAUGCAGGUGCCCAUAAUAACAAAGCAGUUCGCGCACUUUGAUUCUUUGGAAAGGUUUACCCGAGAAGUAUUAGAGGGUAAUGAUAUAGAGUCUCAAAUUGUCUAUCUGCGAUUUUUGUUCAUUUUUUUGGCAAACCGAGGAGAAGAUACAUGCAUAAACUUGGAAGAAUUAACGUCAUGUUUGGUAAAAAAACUGGAAGCAAUAUGGAAAAUACUUCCAAAAUCCAGUAACGCGAGCGAGAUCAUGUUACUUUAUACAGAAAUAUUAAGGAUCUUGUUUCCAAUUUUUCGAAUAGGAUCCAUUGAGGAACCGAUAAUGUCAACAGCAUUGCCUAUCCUUAUUAGUACUUGGUCGAAGUAUUCACAAGAUGAAGGUUCCAUGAUACGUUGGCAUGCUAUCAAUGCAAUUUUGGAAUGUGAUCCUAAAGACAUGGUUUCCGCCCAAGCUUCUGAAGUUGUAGAUUUAGCCAUCAGGACUUUAGAUUCCAUUGUUAAUCUGGAUUUAGUCGAGACAUUGGAAGGAUGCUAUCAUCACUUCGAGGGCGAUCUUCCUCUAAACAAAUCACUCUCAUUGGAAAGAGAUCUCGUGCCCAUACUAGUUAUUUUGUAUUCCAUCAUGUCUAUUGAAGGAGUACGAAAAAAGUUGGAAACAGUUUUCCUACCUGAAGAAUCCGACAGAAAGACAAGUUUAAGGAAGGGAAAAAGUUUGGCGUGUUUAUUUUUACGUCUAAGCGUGAUACCAUUAAUGGAGAAUGUUCCGAUAUGGCAUGGCACAAUAUUAUUUGCCCUUUGCAAUUAUAAUUCCGACUUGCUGACCAACCAAGUUGGAUUUGGCUAUGCAUCUGGCAUUUUAAAUCGAGUCAAGCAUUUCGAACCAUCAGAAUUUAAUGUGCAAGAACCUUCAUCUACUGGAGCUACUUCAGAAACAGACUUGAAAUCAGAAAGUUCAAAACCAAUUGAUCCAAUUACGGGUGAAUAUCAGCAGCCUAAAAAAUCGGGCGUCUUUUCUACAAUGACGAUGGAAGAAAAAGAGCGCGAAGCAGAACGACUAUUCGUAUUAUUUCAGAGAUUAGAGAAAAACGGUGCUAUCCAAGUGACAAAUCCCAUUCGUCAAGUUGUUGACAGUGGGUCUUAUGAUGAAAUUGAUGAUUCAAAUUCUGAAUAAUGCAUUUCCUCAGCAUUCAUUCAACUAGGAUGUUUCCAAAACAUUCAGCAAUUUAUUACUUUUUCAUAGCUCAUCUCAAAACUUCAAGCCAUAGUUUGCUUGGUUGGACUGGGUUGGCCCCCACCUAGCCCCUCUAUGUUCCAUUUACGAGAACUUGAUGAAUUGACCCCACUUAGUACUCAAUGUUGACAUGGACGUAUGUAUCCCACUGAAGCUGAUGCUAGAAGGCAAGGAAGGACUGUUUAGAGCACUAAGCAUAAGAAACUGUUUUUUAUUUGUUUCUCUUUUUUCUAAUACAAGAUAGGUUCUUCAUUCCUUCUUUAAAGUAGCCUUGAUUAAGUUGAGACGUUUCCUUUUGGAGAAGAAAAAGGCAUUGACUAUAUGUAAUCUACCAAGCACGAAAACGAUAGCUUUUAUAAUUCCCUGAUUUAUUUCGAUCAAUAAAUUCAACAAUUGAAUGAUAAGAAGAGCUUCCAGUUUAAAGUGUUUGUUUACAUUGCCUAGCAGGACCACUUAUACGGAUUACCUCACUAAUUCCACUAGCUGUGAAAAUAAAUCUACAAUGUAAUUGUAUAUGAUGUUAAAGUGAAAAGACAGUCCAUUAAAGGGAGCACGGCUUAAAACAGCAUAAGUGACGAGUCAAGUUACUUUGAGACAGUUAAAAGCGAAAGAACAGAGAAACAAUAAGGUCAAGAGGCAAUUGAAAACAAUUUUGAGAAUAAGUUAAUGAAUUAAGAUGAAGACAUCCUUUGAGCUAACUGACCUAAAAUUUUCAAAAAGCCUAAGUUAGUUACAUGGGGUCUCAUUAUUCGUAAUGCUCAAAGAAUGUUUUCCGAAAGAAAAAUACACAUCCAGCUGAUCAAAGUGUAAGCGAAGUUAAAAUUUAUUUGUAAACGAUAGGUUUUCGGCUAAAUAACAAUCAUGAAGCGCACACUGAAUCGCAAAAGAUUACAAAAGUGACAACUAUUAUCAUACGAAAUAUAACAUUUUUUGAAAAGUGAUUAUUUCUAUUCAUACAUUUUUGUUUUGUUCAUUUUCAUUAACUAACAGCCGAAGAACUAAACAUACCUGCUUAUAAAGAAACAGCAAAACUAACCUACUACUACCUGCUCCGUUGAUGGAAUCACAUAUACAUAGUAAAACAUCCAGCGUUUUUUAUUUUAAAAAAAUAGAUAAUGGAUACUGAGAACAUUGGAUUGUGUUUCAAUUCUCAAUAAGGAUUUCUCUGAUGAUACCCCCACAUAACCUUUACGGGUAAAACCAAAUAUUACACUGCAUCCUUUUCCACUUUCUUAUUAUCCUUCUG